GUAUACAGAAUGGGAGGGUACCAGGAGGUCCGGGGAAAGAUUAAAAGCGGCCACAGCGGUGAAGCAGCGGCACACCAGCAAAGGCGGGGAGAGAGGAAGGACCCCAAAGUGACAGAUCUAACAAGUCAGAGUAGAAGAAGACAAAUCGCAGGAGGAGCGUGGGCAGCAUCAAGGAGACGCGGAAAAGAAAGAACAUCAAGAGGCAAAGAGACAACUGAGCUGGGGCCAAAGAGGAAAGACCAAAAAAAUGCACACUUUCCUGCUUCUGGGCUGUGUCGUCUUUGCCACUUCAAAGUACUUCCUUGGCUCCGCCCACAUGAUAGCGGACGACAGGCUGUCCACCAACAAGGUGACCAUGUCCAACGCCCUCGCUCAGAGCGGUGACGUCGGCUCACAACCGCCAGUUGUCAUUGUAGAGCUGGCAAAACCAGGAAAGAAGAAGAAGACAAAGAAGGUGAAAAAGAACAAGAUCGGCAACAGGAGGCGCCCUCCCCCACCCGCAGGCUGUGUUGCCCUGUGGGGCAGCUGUAAAUCUGCGGGGAACGUUUGCUGCAACUUCUGUGCCUUCUGCCACUGUCGCAUCUUCAGAACGGUGUGUUACUGCCGGAUGGGCAACCCUCGCUGCUGAGCAGGCGACGAGUCCGUGCGUGUGGACGCCGACGGAUCGGUGGUCAGAGAGCUCGCCUCAAUUUCCCAGCAUGAACGCACUUUAAGACAAAGGGACUGCAGCAGCCCGACAAGGAGCAUGGGACAACUCAUCAAGGACACUUUAGCAUGCAUGACUACAAGAUAUUUUCAUACACGCCUCAGGCGCAUAUGUACCGCUUGUCAAAUACCAUAUGAAUAAAAUACUGUAUAUGCAAUAUCAUACUGGGGUGUUGAGUAUGUGGAGGAUGUAUAAACUGAAAACCAUCUGUGGUUUUUACCAGGGAUGAGUUACAAAU